CCCCCCGCCCCUCCCCGCCGCCAGGCCCGGCUGGCGCUUCUGGCGCUACGGGCUGGGCAAAAUGGCGGCCUUCGGGAUCUUGAGCUACGAGCACCGGCCCUUGAAGCGGCCGCGGCUGGGACCUCCUGAUGUGUACCCUCAAGAUCCCAAACAGAAGGAGGAUGAACUGACGGCCUUAAAUGUAAAACAAGGCUUCAAUAACCAGCCCGCUGUCUCUGGGGAUGAACAUGGCAGUGCCAAGAACGUCAACUUUAAUCCUGCCAAGAUAAGUUCCAACUUCAGCAGCAUUAUUGCAGAGAAAUUACGAUGUAACACCCUCCCUGACACUGGUCGCAGGAAGCCUCAAGUAAACCAAAAGGAUAACUUCUGGCUGGUGACUGCCCGAUCCCAGAGUGCCAUUAACACCUGGUUCACGGACCUGGCUGGUACCAAGCCACUCACACAACUAGCCAAAAAGGUCCCCAUUUUCAGUAAGAAGGAAGAAGUGUUCGGGUACUUAACCAAAUACACAGUACCUGUGAUGCGGGCUGCUUGGCUCAUUAAGAUGACAUGUGCCUACUAUGGAGCAAUCUCAGAGACCAAGGUUAAAAAAAGACAUGUUGAUCCUUUUGUGGAAUGGACUCAAAUCAUCACCAAGUACUUAUGGGAACAGCUACAGAAGAUGGCAGAAUACUACCGGCUUGGGCCUGCAGGAAGUGGAGGCUGUGGUUCCACUAUCGGACCUUUGCCCCAUGAUGUCGAGGUGGCAAUUCGGCAGUGGGACUACAACGAGAAGCUGGCCAUGUUCAUGUUUCAGGAUGGAAUGCUGGACCGACAUGAGUUUCUGACCUGGGUACUUGAGUGUUUUGAGAAAAUCCGCCCUGGAGAGGAUGAAUUACUUAAAUUGCUGCUUCCUCUAUUGCUGCGAUACUCGGGGGAAUUUGUUCAGUCUGCAUACCUCUCCCGCCGCCUUGCCUACUUCUGUACCCGGAGACUGGCCCUGCAACUGGAUGGCAUGAGCAGUCACUCAGCACAUGUUAUGUCUGCUCAGUCAACAAACACACUGCCCUCCACCCCGACCCCACAACCCCCGACAAGCAGCACACCUUCUACGCCCUUUAGUGACCUUCUUAUGUGCCCUCAGCACCGGCCACUGGUGUUUGGCCUCAGCUGUAUCCUUCAGACCAUCCUCCUGUGUUGUCCUAGUGCCUUGGUUUGGCACUACUCACUAACUGAUAGUCGAAUUAAGACUGGCUCCCCGCUUGACCACCUGCCUAUUGCCCCCUCCAACCUGCCCAUGCCAGAGGGUAACAGUGCCUUCACUCAGCAGGUCCGGGCAAAGUUGCGGGAGAUUGAGCAGCAGAUCAAAGAACGAGGACAGGCAGUUGAGGUUCGAUGGUCUUUUGAUAAGUGCCAGGAAGCUACUGCAGGCUUCACCAUUGGACGGGUGCUCCAUACUCUGGAAGUAUUGGAUAGCCAUAGUUUUGAGCGCUCUGACUUUAGCAACUCUCUUGACUCUCUUUGUAAUCGAAUAUUUGGACUGGGGCCUAGCAAGGAUGGUCAUGAGAUCUCCUCAGAUGAUGAUGCUGUGGUAUCAUUACUGUGUGAAUGGGCUGUCAGCUGCAAGCGUUCUGGGAGGCAUCGUGCUAUGGUGGUAGCCAAGCUGCUGGAGAAGAGACAAGCAGAGAUUGAGGCUGAGCGUUGUGGUGAAUCAGAAACUGCAGAUGAGAAAGGUUCCAUCGCUUCUGGCUCCCUUUCUGCUCCAAGUGCUCCUAUUUUCCAGGAUGUUCUCUUGCAAUUCCUGGAUACCCAAGCCCCUAUGCUAACGGACCCCCGAAGUGAGAGUGAACGGGUGGAAUUCUUUAACUUGGUACUGCUGUUCUGUGAACUGAUUCGACAUGAUGUUUUCUCCCACAACAUGUAUACUUGCACCCUCAUUUCCCGAGGGGACCUUGCUUUUGGAGCCCCUGGUCCUCGGCCUCCCUCGCCCUUUGAUGACCCUGCCGAUGACCCAGAGCGUAAGGAGGCUGAGGGUAGCAGCAGUAGUAAGCUAGAGGAUCCAACACUCUCGGAGUCUAUGGACAUUGACCCCAGUUCCAGUGUACUCUUUGAGGAUAUGGAGAAGCCGGACUUUUCACUGUUCUCCCCUACUAUGCCCUGUGAGGGGAAGGGUAGCCCAUCCCCUGAGAAACCCAGCAUUGAGAAGGAGGCCAAGCCUCCACCUAAGGAGAAGCUGGAGGGAACGAUUGGCAUUCUUUAUGACCAGCCACGGCAUGUGCAGUAUGCCACUCAUUUCCCCAUUCCCCAGGAGGAGUCAUGCAGCCAUGAGUGCAACCAGCGGUUGGUCGUACUGUUUGGGGUGGGAAAGCAGCGAGAUGAUGCCCGCCAUGCCAUCAAGAAAAUUACCAAGGAUAUCCUGAAGGUUCUGAAUCGCAAGGGAACAGCAGAAACUGACCAGCUUGCUCCUAUUGUGCCUCUGAAUCCUGGAGACCUGACAUUCUUAGGUGGGGAGGAUGGGCAGAAGCGGCGUCGCAACCGGCCAGAAGCCUUUCCCACUGCUGAAGACAUCUUUGCUAAGUUCCAGCACCUUUCACAUUACGAUCAACACCAGGUCACGGCUCAGGUCUCCCGGAAUGUUCUGGAGCAGAUCACAAGCUUUGCCCUUGGCAUGUCAUACCACUUGCCUCUGGUGCAACACGUGCAGUUCAUCUUCGAUCUCAUGGAAUAUUCACUCAGCAUCAGCGGUCUUAUCGAUUUUGCCAUUCAGCUACUAAAUGAACUGAGUGUUGUUGAGGCUGAGUUGCUUCUCAAAUCCUCUGAUCUGGUGGGCAGCUACACGACCAGUCUGUGCCUGUGCAUCGUGGCUGUCCUGCGGCACUAUCACGCCUGCCUCAUUCUCAACCAGGACCAGAUGGCACAGGUCUUUGAGGGGCUCUGUGGGGUAGUAAAGCACGGAAUGAACCGAUCCGAUGGCUCCUCUGCAGAACGCUGUAUCCUUGCUUAUCUCUAUGAUCUGUACACCUCCUGUAGCCAUUUAAAGAGCAAAUUUGGGGAGCUCUUCAGCGACUUCUGCUCCAAAGUGAAGAAUACUAUCUACUGCAAUGUGGAGCCAUCGGAAUCCAAUAUGCGUUGGGCACCUGAGUUCAUGAUCGACACUUUGGAGAACCCUGCUGCUCACACAUUCACCUACACGGGGCUAGGCAAGAGCCUUAGUGAGAACCCUGCUAACCGCUACAGCUUUGUCUGCAAUGCCCUUAUGCAUGUCUGUGUGGGGCACCAUGAUCCCGAUAGGGUGAAUGAUAUUGCAAUCCUGUGUGCAGAACUGACUGGCUAUUGCAAGUCACUGAGUGCAGAAUGGUUAGGCGUCCUGAAGGCUUUAUGCUGCUCCUCCAACAAUGGCACUUGUGGUUUCAAUGACCUCCUCUGCAAUGUAGAUGUCAGUGACCUGUCUUUCCACGACUCUUUGGCUACCUUUGUUGCUAUCCUCAUUGCUCGACAGUGUUUGCUUCUGGAAGACCUGAUCCGUUGUGCUGCCAUCCCCUCAUUACUUAAUGCUGCUUGCAGUGAACAGGACUCAGAACCAGGAGCCCGACUUACCUGCCGUAUACUCCUGCACCUUUUCAAGACUCCUCAGCUCAAUCCUUGCCAGUCUGAUGGAAACAAGCCUACCAUAGGAAUUCGCUCUUCCUGUGACCGCCACCUGCUGGCUGCCUCCCAGAACCGCAUCGUGGACGGAGCUGUGUUUGCUGUUCUCAAAGCAGUGUUUGUGCUUGGGGAUGCAGAACUGAAAGGUUCGGGCUACACUGUGACGGGAGGAACAGAAGAACUUCCCGAGGAGGAGGGAGGAAGUGGUAGUGGUAGUCGGAGGCAAGGUGGCCGCAGCAUCUCUGUAGAGACAGCCAGUCUGGAUGUCUAUGCCAAGUAUGUGCUCCGCAGCAUCUGCCAGCAGGAAUGGGUAGGAGAACGUUGCCUUAAAUCGCUAUGUGAGGACAGCAAUGACCUCCAAGACCCAGUAUUGAGCAGUGCCCAGGCCCAGCGCCUCAUGCAGCUAAUUUGCUAUCCUCAUCGCCUACUGGACAACGAAGAUGGAGAAAAUCCCCAGCGGCAACGCAUCAAACGUAUUCUCCAGAAUUUGGACCAGUGGACCAUGCGCCAGUCUUCCUUGGAGUUGCAGCUCAUGAUCAAACAAACCCCAAAUAAUGAAAUGAACUCCCUUUUAGAGAACAUUGCCAAGGCCACUAUCGAGGUUUUCCAGCAGUCUGCAGAGACAGGAUCAUCCUCUGGGAGCACCACAGGAAACAUGCCAAGCAACAGCAAGACCAAGCCUGUGCUCAGUUCUCUAGAGCGCUCUGGUGUCUGGUUGGUGGCCCCUCUCAUUGCUAAAUUGCCUACUUCAGUCCAAGGACACGUAUUGAAGGCUGCUGGGGAAGAACUGGAAAAAGGCCAACACCUGGCUUCCUCUUCCUCUCGCAAAGAACGUGAUAGACAGAAACAGAAGAGCAUGUCCCUGUUGAGCCAGCAGCCCUUCUUAUCCCUGGUACUGACAUGUCUGAAAGGGCAGGAUGAGCAGCGGGAAGGUCUGCUCACCUCCCUCUACAGCCAGGUGCAUCAGAUUGUUAACAAUUGGCGGGAUGACCAGUACUUAGACGACUGCAAACCCAAACAGCUCAUGCAUGAGGCACUCAAACUGCGACUCAACCUGGUGGGGGGCAUGUUCGACACGGUACAGCGCAGCACCCAGCAGACCACGGAAUGGGCUGUUUUGCUCCUGGAGAUCAUCAUCAGCGGCACCGUCGAUAUGCAGUCCAAUAAUGAGCUCUUUACAACUGUUUUGGACAUGCUGAGUGUUCUUAUCAAUGGGACCCUGGCUGCAGACAUGUCCAGCAUUUCACAGGGCAGCAUGGAGGAAAACAAGCGUGCCUACAUGAACCUAGUGAAGAAGCUGCGGAAAGAGUUGGCGGAACGUCAGUCUGACAGCCUGGAAAAGGUUUACCAGCUGCUGCCGCUGCCCAAGCCAACUCGAGAUGUCAUCACCUGCGAGCCGCAGGGCUCCCUCAUUGACACCAAAGGCAACAAGAUUGCUGGCUUUGACUCCAUCUUCAAGAAGGAGGGUCUCCAGGUAUCCACCAAACAGAAAAUCUCUCCCUGGGAUCUUUUUGAGGGGCUGAAGCCAUCAGCACCCCUCUCGUGGGGCUGGUUUGGAACUGUCCGGGUUGACCGGAGGGUGGCCCGCGGGGAGGAGCAACAGAGGUUGCUGCUAUAUCACACACAUCUGAGGCCCCGGCCCCGGACCUAUUACCUGGAACCACUGCCACUGCCACCAGAGGAUGAAGAGCCCUCUGUACCCACCCUGCUGGAGCCGGAGAAAAAGGCUCCAGAGCCCCCCAAAGCUGACAAAUCUGGGGCUGCUCCACCCACCACCGAGGAGCGUAAAAAGAAGUCCACCAAAAGCAAAAAGCGCACUCAGACAACUGCAAAGACAGAGGACUACAGCAUGGGCCCAGGCCGGAGUACUCCCUUUGGUGUUUCAGUGCCAGCAGACCUCCUGCACCAUGCUAACCCCAGCUCCAUGCCACACCUGAGCUACCGGCAGGGCUCCUUAGGCCUGUAUGCCCAGAACCAGCCACUGCCUGCAGGUGGUCCCCGUGUGGACCCCUACCGCCCCGUGCGAUUGCCAUUGCAAAAGCUGACAACUCGGCCGCCAUAUCCCAGUGUGCUACCUGCAACCAUGACUGGCGUCAUGGGGCUAGAGCCUUCUUCUUACAAGACCUCUGUGUACCGACAGCAGCAACCUGCAGUGCCGCAGGGACAGCGCCUUCGCCAGCAGCUCCAGGCAAAGAUACAGAGUCAGGGGAUAUUGGGCCAGUCAUCUGUCCAUCAAAUGACUCCUAGCUCUUCUUACGGUUUGCAGACUUCCCAGGGCUAUACUCCAUAUGUUUCUCAUGUGGGAUUACAGCAGCACGCAGGCCCUGCAGGUACCAUGGUGCCCCCCAACUACUCCAGCCAAUCUUAUCAGAGCACCCACCCUUCUACCAAUCCUACUCUUGUAGAUCCUACUCGCCACCUGCAGCAACGGCCCAGUGGCUAUGUACACCAGCAGGCCCCGGCCUAUGGACAUGGGCUCACCUCCGCUCAAAGAUUUUCACACCAGACACUGCAGCAGGCACCCAUGAUAGGUACCAUGACUCCACUGAGUGCCCAGGGAGUCCAAGCGUCUGUUCGAUCAACCUCCAUCUUGCCUGAGCAGCAGCAGCAGCAGCAGCAGCAACAACAGCAGCAACAGCAACAACAGCAACAACAGCAGCAACAACAGCAGCAACAACAGCAGCAGCAGCAGCAACAACAGUACCACAUCCGGCAGCAGCAGCAGCAGCAGAUCCUUCGGCAGCAGCAGCAGCAGCAACAGCCACAGCAGCCACAGCAGCUGCAGCAGCCACAGCAACAGCAAGCACAUCAGCAGCAGCAACAGCAGCAGCAGGCGGCUCCGCCCCAGCCCCAGUCUCAGCCCCAGUUUCAGCGCCAAGGGCUUCAGCAGACGCAGCAGCAGCAACAGACAGCGGCCUUGGUCCGACAGCUCCAGCAGCAGCUUUCCAAUACUCAGCCACAGCCUAAUACCAACAUGUUUGGACGCUACUGAGCAGCACAGAGGAAACACUUGUGCACUGGACGUUCCCACCCUUAUUCCUACUCCCCUUCCCAGGCUAGAACCAGAAGUGAUCAGGCCUUCUCCCUCAGGCUCCAUUUUUAAUGUGUUUUUAUUAU